CGAACCACAGCAUGCUUGAUUGACAAGGGGGGAAAAGGGGAUCAGCAGAAGAAACGCGGCAAGGGUUGCGCUGCAUGGAAGGGUUCCUCGAAGAGGGUUCCACAAGUUCGCGGUUGGUCUCGGACACGCAGCAUCCCCGAACGUGCAGCCAGAUCUUACCCUUCCAAGAUCGCGCGCAGACGUCUCUGAUCGAUCCGUUUUGAUGUGCGCAGGACUGGACGGCCCGGGGAAUGGUAACAGAUAAGGCGGCUCCAGAUCAGCGCCUUCGUACGGUGAACUCCGACCUGACCUCAGGAAAAGUAUGUUGCAUCCAAGUGAUGAUGCCGUCGACGAUUUAGAACACAUAUUUAGUAGCCACGAGUCGGCGGUCAAAAACACGGCUUUUCCGGGAUGCAAAAACAGGGUGUCCUGCAUGAAACUGCCGGCGACCCCCUUAUGUGUCCUAUCUGUCCGUUCCCGGGUUUGACGGCAUGCAAGACGCAACAACGGCACAGAAGCCCAAGACAGACGCAGGACGACACAAUCGGAGGCACAUCUAGCAGGUAAGUGUCGCAGGGUGCGUGGUGCAGCUCGAGUACCGGGGAAUGCUGUGCUUAAAGUUGGACAGGCGUGUGGACGGA